AUGCGAAGGACCGACAAAAAGCUAGGAGGUAACUUUGACUCUAUAGAUCGCAACAUACGUGAUAUUUCUGAGAUAAGCAGUACGUGGGGAAAUCUUUCUAUAGAAGAUCAAAAGUAUAAAGAAUGUAGGAGUGGUCCCAGAACUCGAGGAUAUCUUAGACUAUAUAUGAUACCAACUCCAGAAAUUGAAUCAUUACUACCCCUUCCACCUGGUUCAAAAUCACCAGUGUUAUACCUUAAGGAAGUCAAUAUAUUUAAUUAUAUUAAUCAUCCUAUUCUUUCACGUGAUUAUAUUUCAGUUGAACAGUUUAGAAAAUAA